CUUUGUCGAGACUUCAGUCCCCGAAGGUGCCCUUCGAAUUCGACAACGCAGCCCGUGGCGCGUUCACUACGUUGAAGGCAGCGAUGCAAGCCGCACCUGCCCUCCGUAUAUAUGACCCCACCCUUCCCACCCAAGUGACUACAGACGCUUCGGGAUACGACAUUGGGGCGGUGUUGGAACAGUGCCACGAGGACGGUUGGCAUCCGGUCGAGUAUAUCUCCCAAAAGGUGCCUCUCGUCAACACUCUCGACGAUGCUAGGAAGAAAGAGCUACUCGCGUUCGUCACCGUUCUCAAACGGUGGCGCCACUUUCUUCUCGGCCGUCGGCGUUUUAAAUGGAAUACGGAUAACAAUCCGUUGACAUUUUACAAAACGCAGGACACKGUCACAAGCACGAUCGGUCGAUGGAUGUAUUACAUCGACCAAUUCGACUUCGACCCGUGCCACAUUCCCGGUCCCGCCAAUCGAGCUGCGGACGCCCUAUCGCGACGACCCGACUUUUGUGCCAUUGUGACCACGGCAUUCGACCUCGAUGACGAUCUGCAGCCGCAUUUCGUCAAAGGCUACAAGUCCGAUCCGAUUUACUCUACGCUUUACGCAAAGCUCUCAUCGGAUCACCCGCCGGCUAGCCACUAUCGGAUUUUCGACGGGUUCCUUCUCCUUCACACGAGAGGAAAGGACUUGUUAGUCGUGCCCCAAGAUCGCAUUUUACGGACUCGUCUUCUCGGCAAAUUCCACGACGCACGACUUUCGGCACACCUUGGCGUGAACCGCACAUUAGCACGCCUCCGCCAGCGUUUUCACUGGCCCGACGUCCUUCAUGACGUCACGAGGUACGUGGAAUCAUGUGCAGUUUGCCACCGUAACAAGGGUCGAUCUCGAGUCCCCUUUGGCGAACUGAAACCGUUGCCGAUUCCUCGGGCACCGCGCCUCUCCAUUGCUAUGGACGUGACAGGCCCGUGUCCCCGCGAUCGCCACGGCCAUGACGGUAUUCUCACGGUCGUUGACCGUUUGAGCAAGUAUGCUCGCUUCCUUCCUUGCAAGUAUCAUGCUGCAGCACCCGAGCUCGCACGACUCUUGCACACCGGUUGGAUUACCAACCAGGGUGUUCCGGAAGACAAAGUGAGCGACCGAGAUACUCGCUUCAUGUCAACCUUUUGGACUUCCCUCAUGGCUGAGUCAGGUACGACUAUGAAGUCGAGCUCGGCUCGGCACCCGCUGACGGAUGGCCAGACGGAGCGAGCACACCAAACCGCUCAGCUGAUGUUGCGUACGCUCAUCCGUCCCGACCAGAAAGAUUGGGUUGACCGGCUUCCCGACAUCGAGUUCGCCUAUAACACUUCGGUGCAUCCGGCGAUCUGCGUCACACCAUUCGAGCUAUAUCAUGGUGGAGAGAAAGCACGGAUCUUCGCUGAUCUCCUUUUGCCACAGGCUGCCGACAUAGACGUCCCUUACUCUCCCGCUUCCGUUUGGAAGUACCGGGACUUGCUGAUCAAAGCCCGCGCAAAUAUGCAAAAGGCUCAGAUCCGCAUGCAGCAGCAGGCUAACCGAUGUCGACUUCCAUGUCCUUUCCGCGAGGGAGACCUUGUUUGGGUCCUCUCCRAGGAAUUUGCGCUCGAGCAGGAYGUUUCGCGCAAACUCCUUCCGAAAUGGUUCGGACCAUGGGAAGUCACUUCUGCCGUUGGAGACGACCCCGCAGGUCCUUCCUUCGUGAUCAACAUUCCACGGCACCUUACAGUGCAUCGGGUCUUCCACGCAUCGAAGCUGGCCAUCUACACGCCACCUUCAGUUGACGAGUUUCCCGAACCUCGAUCACAGGAUCCGCCUUCUAUGGACGGACAUCAGGAAGUGGACCGAGUCAUCACGCACCGCAAGUAUGGCAACGAGCCAAUGCAGUACAAAGUCACAUUCAAGCAAUGUGCGUCUGACGACACUCGGUGGAUCUCUAGUGCAGAUUUGCAGACUUCUGCACCCCUCAUCUUCGCCAACUAUGAGAAGACACGACUUGCCAUGGCAGCAGCUCGUCCCACCCGACCCAUCCCGAGACAACUCCGCCCUCGCAG